UACCAGCUAGAGCGUGACGACCGUACUAAUCUCGUAGGCAAACAAACGGGACAUCAGCUGUUCCUUGUCAUCGCCAUUUUUGAUUCCCGAUUAUGGAGGGAGGAGGAGGAGGAGGAGGAGGAGGAGUCGUGGUGGUUAGACCCACAAAGAAAAACGAAGGCCGCCUUUGUUCCGUUUGCAACCAAAGAAGACCUGCCCUCAAGAGACCCAAAACCCUAGAACAGAUCUGCAAGGAGUGUUUUUAUACUGUGUUCGAGGAGGAGAUUCAUAGAGUCAUAGUCGACAACCAGCUGUUCAAGCCCGGGGAACGCAUUGCAAUUGGAGCUUCUGGGGGAAAAGACUCCACUGUGCUUGCUUAUGUUCUAUCCGAGUUAAAUCGUCGGCACAACUAUGGUUUAGAUCUCUUCCUAUUGUCAGUGGAUGAAGGCAUCACGGGUUACAGAGAUGAUUCACUUGAAACCGUCAAAAGAAAUGAAAUCCAGUAUGGGUUGCCACUGAAAGUUGUAUCCUACAAGGAGUUAUACGGAUGGACAAUGGACGAGAUAGUAAAGCUGAUAGGUUUAAAGAAUAAUUGCACCUUUUGUGGUGUUUUCCGUCGCCAGGCACUUGAUCGUGGUGCAGCAUUGUUGAAAGUAGACAAAUUAGCUACAGGGCAUAAUGCUGAUGAUAUUGCUGAAACAGUUCUCUUGAACAUAUUACGUGGUGAUAUUGCUAGAUUGAGCAGAUGCACUUCCAUAAUCACUGGUGAAGAUGGGCCCAUUCCAAGAUGCAAACCAUUCAAGUACACCUACGAGAAGGAGAUUGUUAUGUAUGCCUACUUUAAGAGACUGGAUUACUUCUCUACUGAAUGCUUAUAUUCACCAAAUGCCUACCGGGGGUUUGCCCGUGAGUUCAUCAAGGACUUGGAAAGAAUCAGACCAAGAGCCAUACUUGACAUAAUCAGAUCAGGUGAGAAUUUUAGAAUCUCAACUUCAACAAAAAUGCCAGAGCAGGGGAACUGUGAAAAGUGUGGAUACAUCUCUAGUCAGAAAUGGUGUAAAGCCUGUGUUUUGUUGGAGGGACUAAACCGGGGUUUGCCAAAAAUGGGGAUCAGUCGAAGUCGAGGCGUGAACAAUGAACAGAAUAAGGUGGUUGACGUGAGGACAAAUGGGAGCAAGCGUAUAGAGAGCAAGCUGUGUGGAUCACUGGAUUUCUAGUAUGACCUGUGCGAUUUGAGUAUCUUCAAAAUAUUUAUAUCAAGGGAAAUUUGACCAAGUUCAUCUUUCAGUCUCUACUGAAAUAAUUAUUUUUUUUUUUUUUUUGCUGUUUUAGCCACUUGUGAGUGGUGGCAAAUGAAGAACCCUCAUUUUUAGUAUCAUCAUACAUGUUAGUUUAGUAGGUCUGAAGUGUUGCUACUAAUUGAUGUUAGUUUUGCUUUACUCCUAAGAUUAGGCCUUGUUUGUUUGUCUGUCUUCAUUUUAAAUGUCACUACAACACCCUGUAUUAUGA